GUAUCAUUGCUGUUCUUGAGCGCUACCUGCUGGCCGAGAGCGAAUGUGCGUCUCAUGCAGCUCGUUCCCGGUGACUGAUGGAGGGUUAAGCCUGUGGGAGGUGCUGGGCUCCUCCUCUCUCUCUCUCGCUCUCUCGCUCUCUCUCUCUCUCUCUCUCUCUCUCUCUCUCUCUCUCUCAUUGUGUCCGCUCCGAGGCUCAUGAUGGAAGCGGAGCGACCCGCGGAGAACAAGCGCAGCAGGAAACCCGCUCAUCCCGUGAAGAGAGCCGCGCGCGAGGAGAUGAAGAGCUUUGCUGAAAGCACCAUGAAUGAGUUGUUGGGAUGGUACGGCUAUGAUUCAGUGGAUCUGCAGGAGUCAGACACCGCUGACGGACGAAACCGUGUCAAACACCACCAUAUAUCUCCAGAGAACUCAAAGCCACAGGAGAGGAAGCUGCCUUCAUCAUCAUCUUCCUCUGAGGCCGUCAGAAUCAGUGAGAAGGAGCCGGCGUCUCCGUCUUCAUCCUCGUACUCCUCCUCGCUGCGCAGCAGGAACGUCAUCGUGCCGCUCAUCAAACCCUCUUCUGCGGAGGACGAGCAGAACGAGCCGAUCGUCUGCGUCUGGUGUCAGAAGGAGGGCAUGAAGCGCUAUUCUCUGCUCAUGGGCUCCGAGAUCAAGAGCUUCUGCAGUGAGAAGUGUUUCGCCGCGUGUCGACGCGCCUUCUUCAAACACAACAAGGCUCGAGAUGAGGAUCGUCAUGGCGACCAGUCUCCGCCCCCUGGCCAGACACUGGACACGCCCUCAAGACUUCUGCUGAAGAUGAACAACAACACGCGUGUGUGUGAUUGGUGUAAACGCACGCGUCACACUGAAGAAUACCUGGACUUCGGUUCGGGCGAGAAGCGUCUGCAGUUCUGCAGCAGCAAGUGUCUAAACCAGUACAAGAUGGAUGUGUUUUACCAGGAAGCUCGCACAGCUCUCACUGACUCUGGCUCCGCCCACAAAGAUGGGGAGCCCAGCCCCAAAACGGCUGUCACGGAAACCCACAAACUGUUGACGGCGGAGGCCUGGGACAGACCAGUGAAAACCCUCUCGCCCCAAAUGCCCAUCUCACUGAGGAUUCAGUCCAGCGCCACGCCCUCUUCUCCAGAGAAGCCACCCCCACAAAAGAUGCCCCUCCCCUUUGUUAUGAAAAGUCCCGCCCCUAACCCGCUACGCCCCCUCAGCCCCAUCCAGAGGGCUACCUUUGCCCCGCCUCCUCUCCGCCAGCAUUACUACGCCCCCUACAUGCCCCUCCCCCCUGUGUACACACCCCAUUUAGCCCCGCCCUGGCCUCAGCCAAUGAUAUUAUUGCCCUAUCCAGUUUUUGUUCCAAUUCCAGUGCCGAUUCCCAUUCCCAUCCCUAUUCCCACUCAAAUGGGCCACAGAGGAGUAAUUCGAAGCCUUCAAGAGCAGGAAGAGGAGGUUACAGCAGAUCCGGGUCACACGGAGGAGACCACCAAGAGAGUAAAGAAUGAACGAUACGCUUCUCCCCUCUCUUCAGAGCGACAGGUGAUCCAGUGUCUCCGAAAACACAAAGAGGAAGCUCCGACACACAGAACACUUUUGUACACAUCUGUCGCUCCCAGAAUCGCCAGUCCCGCCUCUUUGUACUCAUUGGCCCGUACGACCGCAAUACAAGCCACUUCGUUUUCAUUGGACAGCACUGGCUCCGCCCUGAUUCCAUCUCCUCUCUCCGAUUAUGAAGAUGUGAAGGAGAACAGCUACUUGAGUGGGCGGGACGAUGGCUCGACCAAUCGCUGGUCGGCAGAGCAGACGGAGUGCCGGAGCGACCAAUCGAAAGAGAGCAGGGGGGAGGAGGAAGCGCCGCAGGCUGUAGAGCACACUUACACAUGGUCUGUACCGCCGAAACUACGUGAGAAGAACACACUGAUGGCCACGCAAACACAUUUACAAAUGCAAACACACAGCUGGGAGAAAAACACCGAACUGAGAUCCGAGCCGUGCGGACGGGACGAUCCAGAACCGCCCUUCAAGAGACGAUGCUUGAGAACCAGAGACCAGAACAAAUGAGG